UUGAAGGAUCCGAGGAAGUCGUUUAGUCAGAUAAAUACAGCCGUCUACACCACGCUGUACUCCAUCCAGUGAGCUGAAACUUAAAGCAGCGUGGUCACUCAUUGUGUGUGAGCUGAAGACCCCGGUGAAGACUGUAGAAACCCGUCCGACUUCUCCAAACUGCAGUAUCUGACCGGCUAGCUUGUUAGCUAACAGCGUGUUUAUAGGUUCAAAAUGAACGGCCAUCAGAACGGUUUCCAUAACAACUCCUUCAUUGAUGAAGACUGCUUCCUCUUCACUUCUGAGUCAGUCGGAGAGGGACACCCUGAUAAGAUUUGUGACCAGAUCAGUGACGCUGUGUUGGAUGCACACCUCAAACAAGACCCUAAUGCCAAAGUAGCAUGCGAGACUGCUGCUAAGACGGGGAUGAUCCUGUUGGCAGGGGAGAUCACCUCCACGGCCAACGUUGACUAUCAAAAGAUUGUCAGAGACGCAAUCAAACACAUAGGCUAUGACGACUCCUCCAAAGGCUUUGACUACAAAACCUGCAAUGUGCUGGUGGCUUUGGAGCAGCAGUCCCCCGACAUUGCUCAGGGAGUUCACCUGGAUCGAAAAGAAGAGGACGUAGGAGCCGGCGACCAGGGUCUGAUGUUUGGAUAUGCCACUGAUGAGACUGAGGAGUGCAUGCCGCUCACUAUUGUCCUGGCUCACAAGCUCAAUGCCAAGAUGGCUGAAUUGCGCCGAAAUGGAACUCUGCCGUGGCUGCGACCCGAUUCCAAAACUCAGGUGACUGUUCAGUACAGACAGGAUCGAGGCGCCAUGGUGCCAUUGCGUGUCCACACCAUUGUGGUGUCCGUGCAGCAUGAUGAGCAUAUAACUCUGGAGGAGAUGCGCAAAUGUCUGAAGGAGCAGGUGGUGAAAUCAGUGGUUCCCAGUAGCUACCUGGACGACGAGACCGUGUACCACCUGCAGCCCAGUGGACGCUUUGUCAUCGGCGGACCACAGGGUGAUGCUGGUCUGACUGGGCGUAAGAUCAUUGUCGAUACUUAUGGGGGCUGGGGCGCCCAUGGUGGCGGAGCCUUUUCUGGCAAGGACUACACAAAGGUGGAUCGCUCUGCUGCCUACGCUGCCCGCUGGGUGGCCAAAUCUCUGGUGAAAGCUGGGCUCUGCAGGCGUGUGUUGGUUCAGGUAUCCUAUGCUAUUGGAAUUGCGCAUCCACUCUCUAUCUCCAUCUUCCACUACGGGACCUCUGCGAAGAGCGAGAAGGAGCUGCUGGAAAUUGUGAAGAAGAACUUUGACCUCCGUCCAGGAGUUAUCGUGAGGGAUCUUGACCUGAAGAGGCCCAUCUACCAGCAGACAGCAGCUUAUGGUCACUUUGGUCGUGACAUCUUCCCAUGGGAGGUGCCCAAAGUGCUGAAACACUGAACCCCCUUUAACCCCUUCCUCUUAUCUUCAGGCGGGCCUUAGGUGUACUACAGAUGAACCUUUGUGUCUGUCUACCUCCCUCCUUUCUCCUCCACCUUUCCCUCUUCCUCCUCACACGCACAGCCACAUAAACACAGCCUCUACUUCAUGAAAAGAUGCCCAUUCUCCACUUGUUAAUAUUGCACACAUCUCUAUGAGAUAAUAGUAAUUCAGAUGCAGAUAUUAAGUUGAACAAACACGUUGGGUAAAUUGUGCACACAGAUUUGAGCUGUCGACUAAUAUAUUCUGUGCAGUCUAUAUUUAAAACCAUAUUUAUAGCAAGUAUCCAUAACUAUGUGGGUAUUUACAGUUUUUUUUUUUAGAGGUUUCUGGUAUUCCUCAGCUUUUAAAUUCAGAAUCUCACUGCAGUUUCUUUGAAGUGAUCAGUGGUUGGUAUCCUUUACUUUUAUGGCAACAUGUCAUUUCCAAUUUCGCAGUUAAGCAUUACAAAAACAUCAGCUCUGUUCCCCUCACACCCUCCUGUUUUUGACAUUUUGGUGGCACAAAUAGGGUUGAACAAUCUCUUUAUUUUCUGAUGUGUGUUGUCCCUUCAGGCCAUUUAUAUUCUGACGUUUUACAGAGAAGUCAGAAGCUGCUAAUGACCUUGUGGUUAUGUUGGGCUGCACCGUGAAGUCGCUCCAUUUUUUUGUAAUUUAUUUUGUCGGUUUAAGUAUCAUGUGAAUGUUCCAAAUGAUGUGUCAACUGGCCAAGAUAAAGUCAAGGUUCAGUACUCAUCCCUCCUGACAGUGACUCUGGGUGUAGCUACAGAGAAACCCAGCUCUGUCGCCUCUUGGGAGGGGUUGCCUUCAUCCCAUGGCGACAUUGUACUUGAAAUAAUAUGUAGAACUAGAUUACUGUGGGACCUAACAGUGUGACUAGCAAGGAAGGACAACUGAGUCAUGUGUGCCACAAGUUUUUGUAUCUAAACACUGUUUUCCACUCAAUCGCACAUGUUAAGGGUCCUGAAACCUUCAGUCUCACCUGCGCACAAUGUGAAGAGCAGAGCCACAGACAGACUAAGAGAUAAGAGGCUGCACACAGUCAGCUUAGUGAAUGUAAGACAUAGUAUUACUACUCUCAGCAGAGUUAGUUUUGCACACAUGAGGACCUGGGAUCAGAAUAUGUUGCACAGCACAUUGCUUCUUAGUUAUUAAAAGUGGAAAAGGCCUCUAUGUCUGAUGUUAUUUGUGCAGUGGUUCAAAAAUGAAUGCUGAGCUUGCAGCUGAAGCUCAAUUUAUUUAUUUACUUGCUUAGAAAAAAACAUUCUUUAAACCGUACUCUGUGGGUCGUGGAUGGCACAAGUCUGAAUAAUCCCGAUUAGCACAAUUGAAACAGUCUUUGUUUGUCAAGGUUGCCCUCCCUCCUUGUUCUUUUAAAGACUAUUUUGUUGAGAAUUUAGUGAGGAAAUGCCAAUAAAGAUCUGUGCCAGAGACCCUGGCCAGAUGUGAUCCCAAUGAAUACACAGCAUAUGCCUUUGGAUGCUUCCCCAGUUGCCCUUCUCUUAGUUAAAGCCAGCUGUGAGCCUGAGUGUGGUUGAUAUUAAAUCACUAAAGGUGGUGCUUGGUGUGAGCUGUGUGUGCAGUUAGUGUAAGAGUGUCCUCAUUGUGUCACUAGGUGGCGCUGUGUCCAUAUAUAUACUACUAAAGUAAGGAUUUUUUGUCUGCUCUGAUGGCACUACAUUUGGGCUUAGUUUGGCUCCUCUGCCACCACCUUGUGGCUCUUUGAGUGUACUGCAGAGAAACCUCAGGCGUGUUACUGAGAGCGUUUUAGAUUGUCUGUGUGAUCAUCCACUGAAAGUACUCGACCCAAAGAUGUUUUACAAUAUGUUUGCAUCCUUCAGCUCCUCCACAGAUGAGACAAAUGAUUGGUUGGUGUUGUACAGAGAAACCAGCCUGUUUACACUGUCUCCUGUGUGGGGGCCGUGAAGGAGCGUUUAUUUCUAUGUUAAAUCAUUUCUUAAAUGAUGAGAAGUUAGUCUGUAAGUGUGGUUGCUGAAUGUGUAAAAGUGCCUUUUCUCAUUUUCUGCAAUGUCCCCAUCCCCAAAUAUCUGACUCCUUACCCUUUGAAUCCACCCCCAACCCUGAGGUUGUAAAAUCUCCCUCUUCAAUAAUUCAUGCUGAGGAGACUGAUUUGUUGAUUUUCUCUUUCAAACCCUUCAAAUAAACUGCACUAUUCCUUGUGCUAA